AUGUCGGUGUUGGGCGACUCCACAAUAGUCCAGUGCCAUCAUGGACGCAAGCAAGCAACCGAACACUCAGAACAUGUCCACACCAAAUCCCAACCCCCGCGAUCCCUGCGGAAAGCAGUAUCGAUACCAGCCGUGUCAUCCCUGGUGAAGGACUCAUGGAAUUGGGCCGGCGACACCCUACACACCUACCGCGAUGGCCUCAACAAAGAACAACGAAAACGAAAGGCCGAGAUCGAGGACCGGAAGCAGAUAUUGUAUAUGCACAUGAAAAAUGCCGUGUCGUACGAGGAAUGGCGAAGUUGCGCCAGCGAACUCGACGAACUGGAAGACAACAACGCUUGGAAGCAGACGUUCGAGUCCCCCGAAUACGACAAUCAGUUGGUCCAGGAUCGGUUGCGACAGCUGGAAGAGGCGCGGAUUAGUUGUGAUGUGAGUCGGAUGCUGUUUCUCGUGCGCACGGCGCUGAGUCGGGAUCUGGCGCAUAUGAGCAAUGCAUCUCUUUAUCGGCAUUCGCAUAUUGGUACUAAGGACUUGAUUGAUCGGUAUAUCACCACCGCCUUGGAGACUAUCACUACGCUGGUCGAUCUGUCCGUCCAUAAUCGUUGCGAUGGACUGGAGCUGAAGUAUAUCCUGGACCAGUUGCUCGCAGCUCGGCAGGCUUUUGGCCGCAGCGGUCUGCUUUUCUCUGGGGGGGCGACUUUCGGUAUGACCCAUAUUGGGGUUCUCAAGGCUCUCUAUGAGGCCAAAAUGAUUCCUCGCAUCAUUUCAGGAGCAUCUGCUGGUAGUAUUGUGUGCGCAGUCUUCGGCACACGUACAGAUGACGAACUGCCGGCGCUGCUGGAUACCUAUGUGCAUGGAGACUUUGCUGUUUUCAAUAAGAAGGGCCAGGAAGAAAAUCUCUUGCAGAAGAUGACUCGCUUUUUGAAAUUCGGGUCGUUCCUUGAUAUAUCGCAUUUGGCGAAUACCAUGAGAAGCUGGCUAGGAGAUCUGACCUUCCAGGAAGCAUACAACCGCACUCGCAGGAUCAUGAAUAUCUGCGUCUCGAGUGCCGGUAUGUAUGAGCUUCCGCGGUUGCUGAACUAUAUCUCUGCGCCGAAUGUGUUGAUUUGGUCUGCUGUGGCUGUAUCAUGCUCUGUGCCUUUCGUGUUCAGACCAUUCACCCUGAUGGCCAAAGAUCCUUUGACAGGAGAAACAGUGCCGUGGAAUGACCUCCAUAAGCAAUACAUUGACGGCUCUGUCGACGGCGAUCUGCCAAUGACCAGGUUAUCAGAGAUGUUCAACGUCAACCAUUUCAUCGUCUCCCAAGUCAAUCCUCAUGUAGUGCCAUUCCUCCCCAAGGAAGAAGGACCCCAGGUCGAGGCAGAAGACGGACAAUCCUUCAUUCCUCGAUGGAUGAACACGAUGACACACCUUGCAAAAGACGAGGUUCUUCAUCGAAUGAAUGUCCUCUCAGAACUCGGAGUUUUCCCAACAUCGAUGACCAAGUUCGCUUCCAUCGUAAAGCAGAAAUAUCACGGUGAUAUCAACAUCUAUCCGGAACUCAUAUCCUCCAACUUCCCCCGACUCUUGGAAAAUCCGACCACGGAGUUCAUGCUUGCGGCAUGCCUAAGCGGCGAACGGGCGACAUGGCCACGGCUGAGCCGGAUCCGAAACCACUGCGCUAUCGAGCUCGCACUAGAUAGUGCGAUUCAGAAGAUGCGGGCCCGGGUAGCCUUCAGUCCGAGUCAGGUCGAUUUACGAAUGCCCAACCCCUCUCGUCACUCGAUUGGUUCAGUAGACAGCAAUGGAAGAGGCGGACGCCACAGACGGCGUGGCUCCCACAGCCAUGAACUGGAAAAACGACGUUCAGGUGGGCAAUCGCGGCAACAACCAGUCCGAGAAUUGCGCAAAGCACGCAGCACCGUAUCUCUCGAGAACCCACCUCUAACUCUAUCAAACGAGUCAAUGCAACCGAGGACCCACCGCCGGACAUCUUCGGCAUCCUACAACAACGGAGCAAUAUUCGAUAUCGGAUCUAGCAGCGAUGAUGACUACGAAAUCCCGCGCUUGUACACAGUCCGACCUCGACCGGCAGGCCAUCGAGCGUCCUCGGAGUCAAUUUCCUUUAGUGGAGCAACUGCAAACUACGGGCUCCGCCACCCCGUCCGAUCCCGGCGAUCCUCAUUCUCUUCUGGCCUAACCUACAAUUCUUCCGCUCCCACUUAUCGAGCCUCGCCGAAGCAGGUUUAUGCCUCUUCGGCUCGUGAGUUUUCCACGACCGUACCACCCUCAUCCCGCCAUCUGCUCGGCAUGACCCCAACACCAACAAUCCAUCCGAGCUCUCCUGACCUUUCCAUGCGCAAACAGCGGCACUGA